AGCACAAUGCAGUGUAGUCUCAACCAUCGUCGCGCGCGCACGCUACUGGUUUUUUUAAACAUUUAUCGCAUAUUUUCUGUAUUUUUAACAUAGUGAUACUUUAUAAGGUCUACUAACUCUACUAUGCACCACACAUAACCCCUCACCAUGACAGAAAAGACAGUAGUCCGUUUCGAAGAAGCGGAACGUAAGAAGACCACCAUCCUCACUUCAAUAGGAGCUGCUGGGUUGCUACUAGGAUGGCUGGUCAGAGGAUCGAGCCUCCUGAUGACGUCUGUGGCUCUGGUAUCCGCGUAUCUGAUGACUGGGAAUAGAUACCAGUGGGUGUACAUUUGGAAGAAGACGUUCUAUAGAGACAUGUUAGGCCUCCGAGUGCUCCUGAUCACCAUGUUCAAGAUAUGGAUGUGGGAGAAGAGAGGCAUGACGGUGGUGAAGCGAUGGGCUGAGGUGGCUCGACGGGAGCCUGAUAAGAAGGCAUUUGUCAUGGGUGACCGUCAUCUGACAUUCCGGCAGGGAGAAGAAUUCAGCAACCGCAUCGCCUGGUACUUCAAACGCCAGGGCUUCAAGAGCGGCGAGGUGAUCGCGCUGUUCAUGGAGACCCAGCCGGAAUACGUUUUCAUCUGGCUAGGUCUAGCCAAGCUCCGUGUGACCACGGCACUUGUUAAUACGAACCUAAGAGGCGCUCAGUUGACGCAUUGUUUGAAAAUCGCUGGGUGUAAGGCGCUGGUGUUUGGCGAUGAGUUGGCGGAUGCCGUCAAAGAAAUCCGGAGCGAAAUCCACGACAUACCCCUUUUCCAGUUCAACUCCUCUGACCUUUUAGAACUGGAAAAACCAACUAUAGUUCUACAAGAUGCCGCUCCUCUCGCGUCGGAGCUGACGGAGAUGAGUGCAGCAUCUUUUAAUGAGGCGGGCACUGCCAGUCCGCGGGACACGCUUAUGUAUAUUUAUACCAGUGGGACCACUGGGUUCCCUAAGGCUGCAGUCAUCACUAAUAUCAGGUAUCUCCUAAUCCCACUAGGAGUCCACACAUCAGCACGGCUAUCAUCAUCCGACAUCAUAUACGACCCUCUUCCACUGCACCACACGGCGGGUGGCGUCCUUGGUGGAGGGCAGGCGCUAGUGCUGGGCAGCACAGUGGUGCUUAGGAAGAAGUUCUCCGCUUCGAACUAUUGGAAAGAUGUCGCGAAACACGGAUGCACUGCAGCCCAAUACAUUGGUGAGAUAUGCCGCUACCUGCUGGCGGUUCCACCCUCACCCAGCGACCGGGCGCAUCGAGUGCGCGUGAUCAUGGGAAAUGGACUGAGGCCGCAGAUCUGGCAGGAGUUUGUUGAGCGCUUCGGCGUUGAGAGGGUGAUGGAGUUCUACGGGGCGACGGAGGGGAAUAGCAAUUUGAUUAACUUGGAUUCGAAAGUGGGAGCCAUUGGUUUCUUGAGCCGGCUUGUAUCAUCAAUUUAUCCUCUAACUCUAGUCAAAUGCGAUGAAAUUACCGGUGAUAUACUAAGGAACAGUGAUGGCAGAUGUAUAAGCUGUGGACCUCAUGAACCUGGUCUACUACUUGGCAAGAUAGACCCGAAAAAGGCCAUCCUCACAUUUGCGGGCUACGCCGACAAGACUGCUUCAGACAAGAAGAUGGUCCGUAACGUGAAGAAGGAAGGAGACUGCUACUUCAACACAGGAGACAUCCUCGUUAUGGACCACUUCGGGUACUUCUACUUUAAAGAUAGGACUGGAGAUACAUUCAGGUGGCGAGGCGAAAACGUGUCGACGGCAGAAGUGGAAGGAGUCAUAAGCACGCUCGUUGGACUCAAGGAUGCCAUAGUUUAUGGAGUUUCUAUCCCAAACGUAGAAGGCAAAGCGGGUAUGGCGGCCAUUGCAGACCCGGAGAAGAAACUGGACAUCCCUUACCUCACCAAAGGUCUACGGUCUUCUCUUCCUGCCUACGCCCGGCCUAUUUUCCUCCGGGUCCUGCCCGAGCCUCCCCUCACUUCUACCUUCAAGCUCCGUAAGAAAGAUUUAAUAGAACAAGCCUAUACAUUGGGCCUUCAUGAAGACCCCAUGUAUUUCCUAGACCAGAAGACCGGAGAAUAUGUUCCGUUGACGAAGAAGCUGUAUGAUGACAUAGUUAAAGGUGUUAUAAGACUGUGAUUCUUGCCAUGUUGAGGGUUCUUGUUGAACUCACACACUCCUAUUUAGUUUUAAAAUUGUUUUAAGAAGUAUAAGAACAAAGGAUGAUUCACGUUAGAAAGGCCCGGGUGCGUGCCGAAGCGCUUCACAUUUCGUUUUUUUAUUUUUUAUAGAAAGCAUCACGUGACGGACCGCUCUAGUAUGAGUUAUCCUUAAGGACGGGUUGCACAACACACAAUCGACGAACUGAUCUACUUUAAGUAUAGCGACGGUAACUGUAAUCCUAUAGGUAUCUGACAAACUUUCAAGCUUGAUGCAACCGGUUUGAAGUUAACGCUAUGUUCAGUGAAUGCAAUGUGAGCGAAUGAAGAUUUGGAGGAACGAAUCUGGGGGACACAAUCUAUUUAGGGUGCGGAGUGUUAGGGUCGGCAACGCGCAUGUAACACAUCACAGGCGUCCAUAGGUUACGGAGACUGCUUACUAUUAGGCGGGCCGUAUGCUUGCUUGCCCCCGACGUAGUAUGAAAAAAUUGCUUAAUCGAGGAACCAACUGAUAAGUGACUCAAAUUAUCUUAACUAACUUAGCAGUUUCAUUUCACUCACUUUUUUAUAUUAAGUUAGUUAAGUUAAUAUGUCUCACGAUAGUUUAAAUUCGAUUUUUGACCCAAAUUAUCUUGAGGAGGAGCACUUGUUACAACUAGACAAAUAAUUAUAGCAAUGUAAUUUGUGAAUACAUUUUGUGAUAAAAAUGUGAUAAUUUAUACCAAAAUUUACUUACUGUCAUGACACAAAUCAGCCAUUAUAUUGUAUCUAAGAAGUGAAAUGAAGAAACUAAUAUUGUUAUAGAUCAAGAUUUAUGAAAAUAAAUAAAUGUAUAUAAAGGA